AACAAAAGAAAAAAAUAUAUUGAGCUUUUGCUUUUCGGCUUUGUGUGUGUGAAUUGUGUCAUUGCUUCUCUCUCUUGUUGCGGUAAAUGUGCAGAGUGCUUUUCUCUGAUAGUUACACACAAUCACAAAUUUAAACACACAAUCUAAAAGCUCCCACUCUCGUAAGUAUGUAUAUUUGUGUCAACGUAUAGUCAGACAUUGAGACUCUGACUCUCAUCUCAUUCGUACUUGUGUAAUUUAUUAUUUUGUCAUUAUAAAAUAUAAAUAUUAAUAAUAAAAAAUAAUUAAAUAUUAUUAGUGUUAUUAGUUUAAGAUAAUUUUUUAAUGAUAUUUUGAAAAUUUUAUAAUAAUAUUAAUGUAAUAUAUAAUAAUAAUUGUGAAUUGUGACCGAUAUGGGGCGCUGCACCCGGCCUGGAUUAGGGUGUCAGUACCGCGUCCUCCGAUCAAUCGGUUCUCUAAAAACCACAAUUAAUAAAUAUUCCAUAAAUUAAUGUGAUAUUGUGAUUUAUAUAAAUUUUUCAUUAACAAUUAUUGUUUUAUCAUCAUCAUAUAUUUUAUAUAAACUGCUAUUGUUUUGACAAUUGCAAAAUGGAAGGACAAAAUUUAUCUACUUUUCUUGUGAAUCUCACAGUGGAACACUUAUUACCAAGUCGAGAUAUAAAAUAAUGAUAAUGUUAUAGCAAGAUGAAGGAUUGCAGAAAAAUGUAUAUUAUGGAUGAGUAAAUGUGCCAAGUUGAGAAUAAUAUAGUGCAUCAGCAUCAUAUCAAACUCCCCAUCUUGUUACCAGACUAUAAUGAGUUUCACUGUGAAACGAUGAGAACAUGCACAAUAGCACUAGGAUUAAUUGACGAGGGUGAAACAGACUGCACGCAAGUAUACACUUGGACUCAGCUAAAAGUUAAAGUUUGGUGGAAAAAUCGACAUUAUUGGAUUUGUCGAAUAUACCAAGUAUAAACGACGUUGAUGGGUAUGUUAGAUACAACGACAAUUGACGCUCUUCGAGGGCGGCUAAUAUUUGCCCUCCUCAUAAUAAAUAGUAGCUGUAUUAUAUUAACAAAAUCAGCAGCAUUUCCAGAUUGGACAGAUUGUCCAGCAGUUUGUCGUUGUAAAUGGACAUCUGGUAAAAAAUCAGCAUUUUGUCCAGAUGCUGGUUUAACAUCAUUACCAGCAUCACUUGAUCCAGAUAUGCAAGUACUUGAUUUAUCUGGUAAUAAAAUACCAGAAUUACAAUCAGAAAUAUUUAAACGUGCUGGUCUUGUUAAUUUACAAAAAGUAUUUUUACGUAAUGCUGGUAUAUAUGAUAUUAAUUAUGAUGCAUUUAAAGAUAUGCGUAUAUUAAUUGAAGUUGAUUUAUCAGAUAAUCAUUUAUCAAAAUUACAACAAAAUACAUUUCUUGGUAAUGAAAGAUUACGUGUACUUGUAUUAAGUGGUAAUCCACUUAAAAUAUUAAUAAAUCAACAAUUUCCAACAUUACAACAUUUACGUACACUUGAAUUACAACGUUGUGAAUUAAAAGAAAUUCAUAGUCUUGCAUUUAUACGUAUAAGUGAUUUAGAAACAUUGAGAAUAGAUAAUAAUCAAUUGUCAUAUAUUGAAGAAAAAACAUUAUCAACAUUAACAAAAUUAAAAACAUUAACAAUUGAUGGUAAUAAAUGGACAUGUGAUUGUAGAUUAAAAGGUUUUCGUAAUUGGUUAAUACCAAAUAAUAUACCACGUAAAAUAUAUUCAGUUAGUCAAGUAUGUUCAGAACCACAACGUUUACAAGGACGUAAUUGGGAAGAUAUUAAAAUAACAGAAUUUGCAUGUUCACCAAAUGUUAAAUUAACAUCAAAUAAAUUACAAGAAGAUGUUAAUGGUAAUUUAAGUUUAUCAUGUUUAAUAAGUGGUGAACCAGAACCAGAAUUAUCAUGGCAAUUUAAUGGUGUACCACUUAAUUUAACACGUAAUGAACAAACAAAUAUACAACAACAACAACAACAACAACCACCUAGUACAAUUAUAACAAGUAUUAUAACAAGACCAAUUAUUAUUGACAAUGGAUAUGGUAAUAAAAUACCAGAAAGAUGGAAUAAUAUAACAUUAUAUAAUGUCAGUGAAAUUGAUGCUGGUGAAUAUUCUUGUAAUGCUAAAAAUAUUGGUGGUUAUGAUAAAAAAGAUAUUAAUAUUGUUGUAUCAAGAAUAUUUACAGCACCAACAUUAUCACAAACAGAUAAUUGGUUACUAUGGUUAACACUUGCUGGUGGUGCUGGUGCAGCAAUAUGUGCAUUUAUAACAGCAGUAUUAGUAUCAAUAUGUUUAUCAAAUAGUAAUCCACAAACAAAUAAAAGAGAAAAAGUUAAACUUAAAAGUAGUUCAAGUUUUGGUGAUCAAGAAAAAAAAUUACUUGAUUUAUCAGUAACAACAACAACAACAACAACGACAACAACAACAAAUGGUGGUGGUAAUAAUAGAAGUGGACAAGGUAGUCUUGCUGAUACAUCAUAUAGUCCAGGUGAUCUUGAAUUAGCUGAACAUUCAUCAAUAUGUGAUGCAGCAACAGUUACCAUUGAAAGAUUACGUCCUGAUUGUAGUUUAUCAUCAGUACGUGGUAUUAAUAAUUGUCCAGUUGGUUUUCCACCACCACCACCAGAAUUUACUGGUGGUGUUUUACCAUUUGGUAAUAUAUUUAUAUCUGUUGCAAUGCCACAAGAUAAUGGCUAUCCAGAUUUACUUGAUAUUAAUGUUAUUGCACCACCAAUUAUAGAUAAAAUUGAUGAUUGUAAUACAAUUGUACCACCAAAUUCAGUUAUAUCAAGUUAUGCAACAUUACCAAGAAGAACAAUUAAAACUGAAGCUACUAGUUCUGGACAUUAUGAUAAUAUGGGUCCUCGUGUUACUGCAACUGGUAGCUCAACAUUUUCAUUAACUGAUGAUCUUAGAUUAUCACCACCACCACCACCACGUAGUCUAAUUAAACCACCCAUAGAAUUCGUUUCAUUAUAAAAUAAAAAAAAAUACAAAUAAAUAAAUCAAAUUUAAAAAAAAAAAAAAAAAAUUACAAGAAAACAUGAAAUGAUAAUUUUUUUUCAGUCUGUCUGUCCAUAUAUUCUAGUCUUUUUCGAUAAUCAAAAAAUUGAUCAUACUGUUAAUUAGCUUUGUAUGAAAAAAAAAAUUAAAUAUAUAUUAUAAAAAUUAAAUAGAAAAAAAUAAAAAAAAACUUUUGAAAUAUUAUUCAAGUAUGACGAUUGACGAAUGAAUGAAUGAAUUAAAAUUAAUAAUUAUAUAUUAACGACGACCGAAAUUCAAAUUGACAAACAAAAAAAAAUAUAUAUAUAUAUAUAAAUGAUAACUUUUAUUAGAUAUUAAUUAUAAAACUUAUAAUGGUAAAAAAAAAAAAAAAUCAUAUUGUAAAUAUCUUCAUGAACAAUAUAUCUUUUUCUUCGUACUAUCAUAUAUAUAUUAUUAUUAUUAUUAUUAUCAUUAUUAGUAAUAAUAACAAAAAAAAAAAAAAUCAUUGUUAAGUCAGUAUAAAAAAUAAGUGAGAAUAAAAAAAAAUAAAUUAAAGUAAAAAAAAAAUAUAUAUAUAUUAUAAAUGGAGACAAAGUGGAGGUGAUUUUUGGAUAAAUAUCGAAGCAAUUUAAAUUUAACGCUCAUGAAUUAUUUACUGCUCCUGAUGUAUCACUAGUUUGUUAAUGAAAAAACCUGUGUACAUAUUUGUUACAUGACCCAUAUGAUCAAAAAAAAAAAAAAAGAAAAUAGCCAUUAAACAGUAAAUAUUAAUUACCCAACAAAAAAAAACGAAAUGAAAUAAAUCAGAGAUAAAAAAAAUAACGCGUAGUUAUUAUUUAAAUAACAAAAAAAUAAAUAAAUAAAUUCUAUUUGCCAAUAAAUGUGGCAAACAUAAUUUAACAAAAAAAAAAAACAUUAAGAACGUUAAAUAUCGGUAUUUAUUAUGAACGCUUUGUCAAUUAAUAAAAUGAUUGAAAUUUUAA